AAGUGGGCUGCCACUUGGUGACUUGAGCAAAGAGCACAGUUGCGCACUGCUCUCGCGGUCUGCUUGUCCAGCUCUAUGGACGGCCAGAAAAGAGACGGCGAAACGGGACGUUUUGUCGACGGGAGCUGGUGAGCCUCCCUGGAGGCUUGGCGGUGCUCAGAUCCAGGAAAAUCGGACGAAAAACACAAGGAAAGGCAAAAAACGGGAGAGAGGGACAGACAUCCGUUAGAGAUGUGCGGUCAGGCCGAGAUUGCGGUGGCCUACUCCUCCUUCUGUUGUAGGUAUCUCAGUCUACUAGGCCUGCGCUGAGCAUAUUGUUCUGAAAGGAAACGGAUAACAAACAGAGGAAGUGAACAUGGCUGGGACCUCAGGCUUCUUUUCCAAUGGGCCCGUUACGUGGAUGGACAACGACGCAGAGAUGAACAACCUCUACAGAGAUCUGGAACUGGGCACAGUGCUGACACUUUUUUAUUCCAAAAAGUCUCAGAGGCCAGAGAGGAGAACUUUCCAAGUCAAGCUGGAGACGAGGACCAUUAUCUGGACCCGGGGUACAGACAAAAUAGAGGGAGAAAUUGACAUCCGAGAAAUCAAAGAGAUCCGACCCGGGCAGAAGUCCCGGGACUUUGAGCGGUAUAUGGAGGACUCUACAGCCAGGCUGGAUCAAGCGCACUGCUUUGUCAUUCUGUAUGGGACAGAGUUUCGCCUUAAAUCACUCAGCCUCGCAGCAACGUCGGAUGAGGAGAUGACCAUGUGGGUGAAGGGGUUGAACUGGCUUGUAGCAGACACGUUGAAAUCCCCAACACCACUUCAAAUAGAGAGGUGGUUACGGAAACAGUUCUAUGCCGUUGACCGCAACAGAGAGGAUCGGAUAUCCUGUAAGGAUCUAAAGAACAUGCUGAGCCAGGUCAACUACAGGGUACCCAACAUGAGGUUCCUCCGAGAGAAGCUUCCGGACUCUGAGUGGAGGAAUGGAGAAGUGUCCUUUAGCCAGUUUUCACAACUUUAUCGCAACCUCAUGUUUGAUGCUCAGAAGAACGUAAGCAUUACUCCCUCUGCCAGGUUCAUUGAUAGACCAGAACAGAGGAUCUCCCUUGAGGACUUUAAGAGCUUCCUUCUGGAUUCUCAAAAGGAUAUGUGGGCCACAGAUGGCAGCAAGGUUCAGGAAUUUAUGUUUGGCUACCUGAAAGACCCUCUCCGGGAAGUGGAACAGCCUUAUUUCCUCCAAGAUGAGUUCCUGACGUACUUAUUCUCCAAAGAGAACACCAUCUGGGAUUCCUCCUUGGACCAAGUAUGUCCAGAAAAUAUGAACAACCCUUUGUCCCAUUACUGGAUCUCUUCUUCCCACAACACGUACCUGACAGGAGACCAGUUUUCCAGUGAGUCGUCUCUGGAGGCGUAUGCACGCUGUCUCAGGAUGGGUUGUCGCUGUAUUGAAUUGGAUUGUUGGGAUGGCCCAGAGGCAAUGCCAGUCAUCUACCAUGGGCACACCCUCACAACAAAGAUCAAGUUCUGUGAUGUGUUGACCACCAUCAAAGAGCACGCAUUUGUUACGUCAGACUUUCCCAUAAUCCUGUCCAUUGAGGACCACUGCAGUAUUGUCCAGCAGAGGAACAUGGCCACUUGCUUUAAGAAACUGUUUGGAGACAUGUUGCUGACCAAAGCGGUGGAUAUCGCAGCGGAUGGCCUACCCUCACCCAACCAGCUCAAGAAGAAGAUCCUCAUCAAGCAUAAGAAGCUUGCCGAGGGCAGCGCCUAUGAGGAGGUGUCCACCUCUACUCCCUACUCUGAGAAUGACAUCAGCAACUCCAUCAAAAAUGGAAUCCUAUAUUUGGAGGACCCGAUCAAUCAUGAGUGGUAUCCGCAUUUCUUUGUCCUGACCAGCAGUAAGAUCUACUACUCCGAGGAGACCUCAAGUAAUCAGGGUAAUGAUGAGGAGGAGGAGCACAGAGAGGUUUCCAAUGGAAUGGACCAGCAUGUUACAGAAAAGUGGUUCCACGGAAAAUUGGGCGCAGGGCGGGACGGGCGACAGAUAGCUGAACGGCUGCUGUCAGAAUACUGCCUAGAGACUGGAGCGCCUGAUGGCUCCUUCCUGGUUCGAGAGAGUGAAACCUUUGUUGGAGAUUACACACUGUCUUUCUGGCGUUCAGGACGAGUGCAGCACUGUCGCAUUCACUCACGUCAGGAGGCCGGCAGCCCAAAAUUCUACCUGACUGACAACCUCGUGUUUGACACACUCUUUGCGCUCAUCACCCACUACCAGCAGGUGGCAUUGCGCUGCAAUGAAUUUGAGAUGAAGCUGACCGAGCCUGUGCCACAGACCAAUGCCCAUGAGAGCAAAGAAUGGUACCAUGCGAACCUAUCGAGGAGUCAUGCUGAGAACAUGCUGAUGAGAGUUCCAAGAGACGGUGCUUUCCUUGUCAGGAAGAGAGCCGAGUCUAACUCAUUUGCCAUUUCCUUCAGGGCUGAGGGCAAGAUUAAGCACUGUCGUGUACAGCAGGAAGGUCAGACUGUGGUGCUGGGCACCUCGGAAUUUGACAGCCUUGUAGAUCUCAUCAGCUACUAUGAGAAGCACCCUCUGUAUCGCAAAAUGAAGCUGCGAUAUCCCAUCAAUGAAGACACACUGGAAAAGAUCGGCACUGCUGAGCCCGACUAUGGGUCACUCUACGAGGGCCGAAAUCCUGGCUUUUACGUGGAAGCCAAUCAAAUGCCCACCUUUAAGUGCACCGUAAGAGCCAUGUAUGAGUAUAAAGCUCAAAGAGAUGAUGAGCUCUCCUUCACAAAAAAUGCCACCAUCUCCAAUGUGGACAAACAGGAGGGAGGAUGGUGGAAGGGGGACUGUGGAGGGAAGAAGCAGCUGUGGUUUCCUGCAAACUAUGUGGAAGAGAUCAGUCCGUCAGCCGCGGAGCCGGACAGAAGUCAGGAGAUGACAGAAAACAGCCCACUGGGAGAUUUGCUGAGAGGAAGUGUGGAUGUCUCCUCCUGUCAAAUCGUUGUACGGACCGAUGGCAAAGGAAGCAGGCCACAUGUCUUCUCCCUUGUGCCAACCACAGCCCUGCGGACAGGACCGGUGCUGGAUGUUGCUGCCAGCAGUCAGGAGGAAUUAAAGGAAUGGGUUAUGAAGAUCCGUGAGGUGGCCAUGACCUCCGAGGCCAAGCUGGAGGAGGGAAAGAUGAUGGAGAGAAGAAAGAAGAUUGCACUGGAAUUAUCCGACCUGGUUGUCUACUGUAGACCUGUGCCAUUUGAUGAAGACAAGAUCGGCACAGAGCGUGCCUGUUUCCGGGACAUGUCAUCGUUUCCCGAAACCAAGGCGGAGAAAUAUGUCAAUAAGAUCAAAGGGAAAAAGUUCCUGCAGUACAAUCGGCUGCAGCUGUCCAGGAUCUACCCGCGGGGUCAGAGAUUGGACUCCUCUAACUACGACCCUUUGCCCAUGUGGCUUUGCGGUUCGCAACUUGUAGCGCUUAACUUCCAGACAGCGGACAAGCCCAUGCAGAUGAACCAGGCGUUGUUCAUGUUGAAUGGAAGGAGCGGCUACGUACUCCAACCCCCCAUCAUGAGGGAUGACAACUUUGAUCCCUUUGACAGACACACAGUGCGGGGCCUCGAGGAAGUCACUCUUCAGAUCGAGGUGUUGGGUGCAAGGCACCUCCCCAAACACGGGCGUGGCAUUGUUUGUCCUCUAAUCGAGAUUGAGGUGUGUGGGGCCGAGUAUGACAGCACCAAGCAAAAAACGGAUUCAGAAGCCGAUAAUGGUCUGAACCCCACGUGGCCCAGAAAGCCGUUCCAGUUUGCAGUAAGCAACUCGGCCUUUGCCUUCCUGCGCUUUGUGGUCUACGAAAUCGACAUGUUCAGUGACCAGAACUUCCUGGCUCAGGCCACGUUCCCGAUUCACAGCCUGAAGACGGGUUAUCGCUCUGUCCCUCUGAAGAACAGCUUCAACGAGGAUCUCGAGUUGGCCUCCUUGUUGGUUCACAUGGACAUCGUCAGAGGAAGAGAUGAAAACGGCGAGAUCGUGUGCCCGUUCUCCAUGAGCUCGUCGAGUGCUGCGGUGGCUCACGCGGGGCGAGAACGUUUCGGAGAACAUGGCUCUGCAUCGUCCGUGUCCUCCGUGUCGCCCGUGCCGCAGUCGCCCGCCCAGGCUGUGGCCGCGUACAGGGGCCGGGAGGGCUCCUUCGACUCCCGCUACCAAUCGCCACUCGAUGACUUCAGGGUUUCGCAGGAGCCGCUGCUCGACCACAUGGACACGCAGAACAGAAGGAUGCUGCGGCGGACCAGAGUGGGCGGAGAGAACCGCGUCUGAAUCAAAAAGCCGGCCCAACCGCACCUUGUGCUGACCCCCCCGAGCUGAUCCCGCUCCCAGCCCCAAUCAUUACGCCUUUGCCCGUACUGAUGAUGUCACUGACUGCUGUGAACAGUUUCCAUGGAAACGCCACCACCGCUUUGGCCUACAUUUCAGGCAGCUCAUUCGCUCCCCACACCACCACCCCGUCCGCCCAGCCCGCUCAACAUCGGGGAGGGAGGGCCCGCGACACCGGAGAGGAAGCUGGUUGCUGCACACAGGAAGAGGGGAAGGGGGGGGGAGACAUUGCAGGUGCUUUGUGAAAAGAUUGAAAGUGUUUCCUGUUCCGGGCUGUUUACUCAUCUCUGUGUGUGACAAUGUAUUUAUUCCUGCUGUGCUGUCGGCUAGAGGACAGCGGCUCCCGACGUGCUCUCAAAGAGCUCUCGUCUGCCCUCAUUUUAAUUAUUCCAAUUAUUUAAACAGUCAUAAUGUGAUCUUUCCGUUUUCUUUCUAUGUGUAUGUGUGUAAAACACGAGGGCUCUGCGACUGUUUUGAACAUUUUUCUCUCUUUGUGCUUUAGGGGAUGUUAUGCACCUCCUCUUUACAUAUUUAAC